CAGAGCAGAUUUAGAACCUAAUAUUUUUCGCUUCAUCGGCGAACGGCAACCUCACCUUAGCCGUCCGCCGGACCUCAACCUAAUCCGCUAGAAUUUUCUACACAUACCUUGAAAUUUCUUCGAGUCCACCACCACUGCCCCUCCUCUCCCUGCGAUCCCCACCACCUCCGCCGGAAGAACCCUCCAGAUUCACACACACGGCAUACAUUGGGAGAUGAAUCCAUACACACAUGCAUCUGCUCUCGGGUUCUCUCACUAUGGAACCACCUCAACCACUGCCGCCGCCGCCAUGUCUUCCUCUGGCCGACGCCGCCGCCGCCUCACGAACACCGUCCCCAUCAGCUCCGCCGAGAAGGUAAUCGGAGAUGACGAUCUCCUGAGGCAGAUCCUCCUACGGCUACCAGCAAAGCCUCUCCUCAAAUUCAAGCUCGUAUCCAAGACCUGGUGCUCUUUGAUUUCCGAUCCUUUCGUCCUUGCCAAUUGGAUCCCUCCAAUUUCAGCUUCCUCUUUUUUUUCUUCUCAGGACUUCUCUCCUUCUUCCCGUAUUAUCAAGUUCAAUCACAUAUCUCACUCUCUCGGCAGUUUUGGGUUAGCGCAUAUUGUGCCUGUUUACCGGAGCUAUAUGCAGAAUUACGGGCCAUUGGUUGAACAAGAUGCGAGUGGAAGCAAGUAUGCAAAGUACACAGCGCAGUCUUUGGAGAAAAUGCUUAGCUCUCUCUUGUAUUCAUCGAAGAUCAGUCAGGGUUCUGAUAGAAAUGAACCUCCAUUAAUUUCAAACCAAAACAACAAAAAGU